AUGCGGCCUGAUAAGGAGCACACCUAUCCGUGGAACCGCAAUAGUCUUGAGGCAACGAUCGAUGGAGUCGCAAUAAUCUUGAGACAACAAUCUCAAAAUCUGUUUAUCAUGAAGGGAUGCCUUUUCAGAAAGACACCAGAUGGGGUCUAUCUUUGCUUCAUGGUUUUACUAGUACAAAUAUCUGGGGGAGAAACUCUCAGCUUUUCUGAUUUACCCGCCACGGGCAAUAUUACAGAAAAUUCACCUUCUGGUAUCGUGGUACAUACUUUCCGGGUCAACUUAACGCCACAUCUGUUGCCAGACAUUACAAUACCAUUUAGCUAUCCGUUAAUCGUCAAUUCAAAUCCACUCACGAAAGCCUUCCGGAUCAACACCAUAUCUCCACUCCAAUACCAGGUGGUUACUACAGGGGACCCCGUUCUAGAUUAUGAAACGAUGCCGCACGCCUUUGAUUUGCAGAUCCUCGUUGCUGAUUCAGCAGGAGCCACGGAACUACAGAUUCUGACCGUCCAAGUGAGAGACAUCAAUGAACCUCCAGUGUUUCAAGGCAACUUGGUGAAUCAAACUGUCAUAAUCUACAUCUUGGAAAAUACACUACCAAGAAAUAUUUAUCAAAUUCACGCUGGAGAUCCUGAAACCCCAGAAAAAGUUGAGUUUUCCCUGAGUUCCGAUUCCACCUUCUUUACAAUUUCUACAACUGGAACCAUUUCUACUUUGAAGCAAUUUGACUUUGAGAAAGAUCUACCGAGCUAUACAUUAAACGUUACCAUAACAGACAGCAUUGGUGCUAGCGUUAAGAGGACCCUACUGGUCAAUAUCAUUAAUGUGAAUGAUGAGGCUCCUUACUUCAUCACGAAAGAGAAGGUUUACAAGAUUCGUGAGGAAGCACCAGUCGGAAUGUUUGUAGCCAAUAUAACAGCCAAGGAUCCCGAUGGCGAAGAUUUUAUUCACAACCUUCGCUAUAGCAUGGGAGUUACUGAAGCAAUCCCUAAAUUCUCCAUCAAUCCAAUGACAGGUACGGUCAUGGUGGCCGGUCGGCUAAAUCGUGAUGCUUCCCCCAUCAGAACCCAUCCUAAUAUUUCUUUGACCAUUCGUGUUGAUAACCCUCCUCAUAGACCAAUUGAUGAAAUUGUAAUUUUUGUAUUUAUUGAAGAUAUCAAUGACCUUCCACCCAAAUGCACAGAAUACAAUCACAGGGUGCCAAUUCCUGAAAGGGCAUCCCCUGGAUUUGAAAUUAUCACUUUAAAGAAUUAUUGCAAAGAUGAAGAUGUUGAAUCCCCACACAAUUUGUUUAACUUCACUGGACUAUCUGGAGUUGGAAGUAAUAAAUUUACCCUGGAUCCUCACUCUGGAAUGAUUAAGCUUUUAGGAAAUGUAGAUUUGGAAAACACAACAGAUGGAAGCAUGCAGAGACAAUAUAUUCUGAAUACCGUCAUCCAGGAUAUUUCUGAGCCUUUCUUCUCUGAAUUAAUCUACAUUUAUAUCAACAUUCAGCUGGAGAAUGAGUUUAAUCCAGUCUUCAACAGCUCUUUGUACAUUUUUAAUGUAUCUGAAAUAGAACCACCAGGCUCCUCUAUCGGAACAGUGCUCGCUACUGACCAGGAUUUGCCUCCCACUGGAAUUUCUUACUCCAUUGUGUCCGGAGAGAGUGGCAUGGGUGUCACAGACUUAUUUGUAAUGGAUCCUCAGCUGGGCAUUUUGAGGAACACAAAACGAUUAGAUUACGAAGCGGAUCGAGUGUACACUCUUGAAGUGAAAGCUUCUGACAACAAAGGCAAUAUUGGAACAUCCUCCGUAAUAAUAAAUGUUCUUGAAGCAAAUGAUGAACCACCCAUAUGCACCCCUAAUGGACAGUUGCUGGAAGUGCCAGUGGAUCUAAGCUUGGGCAUUAUUAAUAGUUUCAGUAUUACCUGCGUGGACCGAGAUUCGAGCCCGAAGUCAUUCCGAUACACUAUCACGUCAGGUAAUGUGAACAACCAUUUUGAUUUCUCACCGAAGGCUGGUUCCAAUAUCUCAAGGUUAGUCCUGACCAACCCAUUCGAUUAUGUGUCAGGAGUGGACAAAGUUUGGGAAUACCAGCUGUUGGUUUCCAUAACGGAUGAUAAUCUGUUAUCAAGUUCUGAGAGAACUUCAGUGCAUGUUCAAAACGGCAUCGUAAAGUUGACCAUCCGAGUUAUUCCAGAUCCAACCACUGUGAUUCCUACCACACCUGCUGUGACCAUUGUGACCAGCAAAGAGAAUGUUUAUGCUCCAUCGGCUUGGUAUGUGCCAUUUUUCAUACUCCUUGGCAGUUUAUUGCUGCUGGGAUUGCUCGGAUAUCUAACCAUUUUGCUGGCAAAAUACCUCCGUUCCUGUUGCCCACCGAAACCCAAAGCGGACACAAAACCACUGUUGGACAUGCCAGGUAUUUUGUUACCUGACCAUAAGAAAGCAAAGAAAGAAACUAUAUGGGAAAUGACCAACUUAAAUACUGUUUUCGAUGGGGAAGCAAUAGACCCAGUCACUGGCAAAGUGUAUGAAUACAACUCAAAAUCUGGGGCACGAAGAUGGAAAGACCCCAGUGUGCUUUCCAAGACUGAAGUGAAAGACUCCAUUGCAAAAGUAACAACUCCUCCGAAGAGUGGUGAAGGCAGCCUGCCCAAAACAGAGGCUAUCACUAGUGGUGGUGAAGGGAAUCUCAAAGAGAAGCCGAGAUCUCCCAAAAGUGGUGAAAAGGUUCUACCCAAAGCAGAGGCUGAGGGUGGUAAUCAAGGAGAUCUUAAGCAGACGAAACCUCCAAAGAAUGACCAAACAGGUGACCUAUUCCAAAUGGAAGAUGAAACCAGAAGAUCAAAUCACCUAGAACCAACAACCUUAGACAAAAAGACUGAAAGUUUCCUGAAUGGCCAGCUGAAAUUGCAGAAAGCAAACGAGGAACGACUGAGCAACCAAUCACCUUCACCCACUCCCCCACGCAAAUCUCCCAUCCCCUCUCACAAAAUAUAUCCCAAAUAUCAAAAUCAGUCUUAAAACCAGGUGCAAUAUGUCUGUGAUCCAGAAAACCUAACAGCUGAUCUGGAUGCCUCUUAAUGACCAAAUCAGGAAACCAACUCUAUAGGAAUAUUACUAGUAGUUUUAAAUGUUCAGUUGCGUCCGACUCAUUUG